CGGGAGCGCGGGGAGGGUAGGGAGGGCAGGCAGAGGAUUUCGCUGGCUGGUGCGGGAUCCUGGAUGCAAGGCGGGCAGCAGAGAUAUAGACUGUCAGUUUCGGAUCCAAGGACGGUGAUGGCAAAGCAGUAAACUGGAGUAACCGUCUGCCUGUCAGAUCAGACCUGUCACAGAAUAAAUCCCACCGCCUGCUGCGAAGCCCCCCGCGCUCCUCAAACUUGGCGAACUGGUAAUCCGUGUCUGGAUAUGCAGAUCUCUGAUUUUAAAGGCCGGGUGACCCCAGGGAGAACCUCUCCCGCCGCCCAAAGCCCGCAGGUGCAGUGAGGCGUGCGCGCGGGUGCUGGUACCCUCGAGGCCCGCUUGACCCCGGGAGAAGGAGUCGGGGAGCCCAGCGGGGUCUUGCUGCUGUGCGCCGGCGUCGGCGGUUCCUCUCCCGCAGCAGCAGAUGAUGGUGGCGGCCAGCGUGCUGUGCUGUGUCUGUGCGUCGCCGCGGAAAUUGGCGCCCGGUGCUGUACCCUGAGCCCUUGCAGGUCCGUCGCAGCUCGAGCCUUGAAGAGGACAGAGUCGGCGCUCAGGGCACCCGGGGGUCGCGCGGUGUCGGCUUAUCAUGGCGGAUCGGACAGCUCCCAGAUGCCAGCUCCGGCUGGAGUGGGUGUACGGGUACCGGGGUCACCAGUGCCGCAACAACCUGUACUACACCGCCGGCAAGGAGGUGGUCUACUUUGUAGCUGGGGUAGGGGUGGUGUACAACACCCGAGAGCACAGCCAAAAAUUCUUCCUGGGACACAACGACGACAUUAUCAGCCUUGCCUUACACCCAGAUAAAACUCUGAUUGCAACUGGCCAGGUUGGGAAGGAGCCAUAUAUAUGCAUAUGGAAUUCCUAUAAUGUCCAUACGGUGUCUAUUCUUAAAGAUGUCCAUACACACGGAGUUGCAUGCCUGGCUUUUGACUCGGAUGGACAGCAUUUAGCCUCUGUGGGAUUAGAUGCCAAAAACACAGUCUGCAUUUGGGACUGGAGAAAGGGGAAACUUCUGGCUUCAGCUACUGGCCAUUCUGACCGGAUUUUUGAUAUUUCCUGGGAUCCAUAUCAGCCAAACAGAAUGGUUAGCUGUGGAGUAAAGCAUAUAAAGUUUUGGACACUAUGUGGAAAUGCCCUGGCUGCAAAAAGAGGCAUAUUUGGCAAAAUAGGAGAUCUUCAGACUAUCCUUUGCCUUGCAUGUGCCAAAGAAGACAUCACAUACUCUGGUGCUUUAAAUGGUGACAUCUAUGUCUGGAAAGGGCUCACCUUAGUCCGCACUAUUCAAGGAGCACAUAGUGCUGGGAUCUUCAGCCUGUAUGCUUGUGAAGAGGGCUUUGCUACUGGUGGGCGAGAUGGUUGCAUACGAUUAUGGGACACUGAUUUCAAACCAAUAACCAAAAUUGAUCUCAGGGAGACAGAACAAGGAUAUAAAGGACUCUCUAUUCGGAGCGUGUGCUGGAAAGCUGACCGCCUUCUAGCAGGAACCCAGGACAGUGAGAUAUUUGAAGUCAUCGUUCGAGAACGAGAUAAGCCAAUGCUCAUCCUUCAGGGCCACUGCGAGGGGGAACUGUGGGCUCUGGCAUUACACCCCAAGAAGCCUCUGGCUGUGACAGGCAGUGAUGACCGCUCUGUCAGGCUGUGGAGUCUGGCUGACCAUGCCUUGAUUGCCCGCUGCAAUAUGGAGGAAGCAGUUCGUAGUGUAUCCUUCAGCCCGGAUGGAUCUCAGUUGGCCCUAGGCAUGAAGGACGGCUCUUUCAUUGUCCUCCGAGUCAGAGAUAUGACAGAAGUCGUCCAUAUCAAGGACAGGAAAGAAGUCAUUCAUGAGAUGAAAUUCUCCCCAGAUGGCUCUUACCUCGCAGUAGGAUCCAACGAUGGCCCUGUAGAUGUCUACGCUGUUGCCCAGCGCUAUAAGAAAAUAGGAGAAUGCAACAAGUCCCUGAGUUUCAUCACACACAUCGACUGGUCUCUGGAUAGUAAAUACUUGCAAACCAACGACGGUGCUGGGGAGAGACUGUUCUACAGAAUGCCAUCAGGGAAGCCUUUAACAAGUAAAGAAGAAAUCAAGGGGAUUUCCUGGGCCUCCUGGACAUGUGUGAGAGGCCCUGAAGUGAGUGGAAUUUGGCCCAAGUACACUGAGGUUAUUGACAUCAAUUCAGUGGACGCCAAUUAUAACAGUUCAGUGUUGGUUUCUGGAGAUGAUUUUGGACUGGUCAAAUUGUUCAAAUUUCCUUGUCUCAAAAAAGGAGCCAAAUUUAGAAAAUAUGUGGGCCAUUCUGCACAUGUCACCAAUGUCCGUUGGUCCCACGAUUUCCAGUGGGUGUUAAGCACAGGAGGAGCUGAUCACUCUGUUUUCCAGUGGAGAUUUAUCCCAGAAGCAGUCAGUAAUGGCGUGUUGGAAACCACAUCCCAGGAAGGUGGUGCCGACUCCUACAGUGAAGACUCUGACUCAGACUUCUCUGAUGUUCCAGAACUGGACUCUGAUAUCGAGCAAGAAACUCAGAUCAAUUAUGAUCGCCAGGUUUACAAAGAAGAUCUACCUCAGCUAAAGCAACAAAGUAAAGAGAAAAACCAUGCAGUGCCAUUCCUGAAGAGGGAGAAGGCUCCUGAGGAUAGCCUGAAACUGCAGUUCAUACAUGGUUACAGAGGCUAUGACUGUAGAAACAAUCUGUUCUACACACAAGCUGGAGAAGUGGUGUACCACAUUGCUGCAGUUGCUGUGGUGUACAACAGGCAACAACAUGCCCAGAGGCUAUACCUGGGGCAUGAUGAUGACAUUCUCAGCCUGACCAUCCAUCCGGUGAAGGACUAUGUAGCCACUGGACAGGUUGGAAGAGAUGCUGCUGUUCAUGUGUGGGACACUCAGACUCUAAAAUGUUUGUCAUUACUGAAAGGGCACCAUCAGAGAGGAGUGUGUGCUCUGGAUUUUUCAGCUGACGGAAAAUGUCUCGUGUCGGUUGGUUUAGACGAUUUUCACAGUGUUGUGUUUUGGGACUGGAAAAAGGGAGAAAAGAUAGCCACAACCAGGGGACACAAAGACAAAAUAUUUGUGGUAAAGUGUAAUCCACACCAUGCUGACAAGUUGGUGACAGUUGGGAUUAAGCAUAUCAAGUUCUGGCAACAAGCAGGUGGGGGCUUCACCUCUAAAAGAGGAAGUUUUGGAAGUGCUGGAAAGUUGGAAACAAUGAUGUGUGUUUCUUAUGGGCGAAUGGAAGAUCUGGUGUUCUCAGGUGCAGCCACUGGAGAUAUUUUUAUCUGGAAGGACGUUCUGCUACUGAAGACGGUGAAGGCUCAUGACGGGCCUGUGUUUGCCAUGUAUGCAUUGGACAAGCACUUUGGCGAUAGAAGACACUAUGUUAACCUGCCUUGGUGGGAUUUACUAAAUUCAGCAUUUUCCCUCUCAGGACUGCUUUUGGAGGAUAACCCUUCAAUUCGUGCAAUUACCCUGGGGCAUGGACACAUUCUCGUGGGGACAAAAAAUGGAGAGAUUCUAGAAAUUGAUAAGAGUGGCCCGAUGACCCUGCUUGUUCAGGGACACAUGGAAGGGGAAGUGUGGGGGCUAGCAGCACACCCACUCCUGCCCAUCUGUGCGACAGUAAGUGAUGACAAAACACUUCGGAUCUGGGAAUUAUCCUCCCAGCACCGCAUGCUGGCAGUACGGAAACUUAAAAAAGGAGGAAGAUGUUGUGCUUUCUCCCCUGAUGGGAAAGCCUUAGCAGUUGGAUUGAAUGAUGGAAGUUUCUUGGUGGUGAAUGCUGACACAGUGGAAGACAUGCUUUCCUUCCACCACAGAAGAGAAAUGAUCUCUGACAUAAAAUUUUCAAAAGAUACAGGAAAAUACCUUGCUGUGGCAUCUCAUGAUAACUUCGUGGAUAUCUACAACGUACUUACAAGCAAGAGGGUUGGCAUCUGUAAAGGAGCUUCUAGUUACAUCACACACAUUGACUGGGACUCUAGAGGGAAAUUACUGCAAGUUAACUCAGGUGCCAAAGAACAGCUUUUCUUUGAAGCUCCAAGAGGCAGAAAACACACAAUAAGGCCAUCAGAGGUUGAGAAGAUAGAAUGGGACACAUGGACCUGUGUCCUGGGGCCCACCUGUGAAGGAAUCUGGCCUGCUCACAGCGAUGUGACUGAUGUCAAUGCUGCCAAUCUUACCAAAGAUGGCUCCCUCUUAGCAACUGGGGAUGACUUUGGUUUUGUGAAGCUUUUUUCAUAUCCUGUCAAGGGACAGCAUGCACGAUUUAAGAAAUAUGUGGGGCACAGCGCACACGUUACCAAUGUGAGGUGGCUACACAAUGACUCUGUGCUGCUCACUGUAGGAGGUGCUGACACAGCCUUGAUGAUCUGGACCAGGGAAUUUGUGGGGACACAGGAGAGCAAGCUGGUUGAUAGUGAGGAAUCAGACACAGAUGCAGAAGAAGAUGGAGGCUAUGACAGUGAUGUCGCUAGAGAGAAAGCCAUUGACUAUACCACCAAGAUCUAUGCUGUGAGCAUCAGGGAAAUGGAAGGCACCAAACCACACCAGCAGCUAAAAGAGGUGUCCAUGGAAGAAAGACCACCCGUGAGCCGUGCAGCUCCCCAGCCUGAGAAACUCCAGAAGAACAACAUCACCAAAAAAAAGAAGCUGGUUGAGGAGCUGGCUCUGGACCACGUGUUUGGCUACAGAGGAUUUGACUGCCGCAACAACCUGCAUUACCUUAAUGAUGGUGCCGACAUCAUUUUCCAUACUGCGGCAGCUGGCAUUGUGCAGAACCUCUCCACAGGCAGCCAGAGCUUCUACCUGGAGCACACGGAUGACAUCCUCUGCCUCACAGUGAAUCAGCACCCGAAGUACAGGAAUGUGGUGGCCACCAGCCAGAUAGGGACAACACCUUCAAUUCAUAUCUGGGAUGCAAUGACCAAACACACCCUUUCCAUGCUGCGGUGCUUCCACACCAAGGGGGUGAAUUACAUCAACUUCAGUGCAACCGGGAAGCUCCUGGUGUCUGUGGGCGUGGAUCCAGAGCACACCAUCACUGUCUGGAGAUGGCAAGAAGGUACCAAGGUUGCCAGCCGAGGGGGCCACCUGGAACGAAUAUUUGUGGUGGAAUUUCGCCCUGACUCAGACACACAAUUUGUAUCUGUUGGAGUCAAACAUAUGAAGUUCUGGACUCUAGCGGGAAGUGCUCUGCUAUACAAGAAAGGGGUCAUCGGGUCUAUGGAAGCUGCCAAGAUGCAAACGAUGCUGUCCGUGGCUUUUGGUGCUAACAACCUUACUUUUACUGGUGCCAUCAAUGGAGAUGUCUAUGUCUGGAAGGAGCACUUCCUCAUCAGGCUGGUGGCCAAGGCUCACACAGGUCCUGUUUUUACAAUGUACACCACCCUCCGAGACGGGCUUAUUGUGACUGGUGGAAAAGAACGGCCGACUAAGGAAGGAGGAGCUGUAAAGCUGUGGGACCAGGAGAUGAAGCGCUGUCGGGCCUUCCAGCUGGAAACAGGGCAGCUGGUGGAGUGUGUACGCUCGGUGUGCCGUGGCCAGGGAAAAAUCUUAGUAGGAACCAAAGAUGGUGAAAUAAUUGAAGUUGGAGAAAAAAGCGCUGCUUCAAACAUCCUGAUUGAUGGACACAUGGAGGGGGAGAUCUGGGGCCUAGCCACACACCCCUCCAAGGACAUGUUCAUCUCAGCCAGCAAUGAUGGCACAGCAAGGAUCUGGGACCUGGUUGACAAGAAACUGUUAAACAAGGUGAACCUGGGCCAUGCAGCCAGGUGUGCAGCCUAUAGCCCAGAUGGGGAGAUGGUGGCCAUUGGCAUGAAGAAUGGAGAGUUUGUCAUCUUGCUGGUGAACACCCUGAAAGUUUGGGGGAAAAAACGAGACCGGAAAUCUGCCAUCCAAGAUAUCAGAAUCAGCCCAGACAACAGAUUCUUAGCUGUGGGUUCUUCUGAGCAUACAGUUGACUUCUAUGACCUUACUCAGGGCACAAGUCUGAACCGCAUCGGCUACUGCAAAGACAUCCCAAGCUUUGUCAUUCAGAUGGACUUUUCUGCAGACAGCAAAUACAUUCAGGUGUCAACAGGAGCCUAUAAGCGCCAAGUACAUGAAGUUCCCCUGGGGAAGCAAGUAACUGAAGCCAUGGUUGUUGAGAAGAUAACCUGGGCUUCCUGGACAAGUGUUCUCGGAGAUGAAGUCAUUGGAAUCUGGCCACGAAAUGCAGACAAGGCUGAUGUCAACUGUGCAUGUGUGACCCAUGCUGGCUUGAACAUUGUCACGGGGGAUGACUUUGGGCUUGUGAAGCUCUUUGAUUUUCCAUGCACAGAGAAAUUCGCCAAGCAUAAACGUUACUUUGGUCACUCUGCUCAUGUGACAAACAUCCGUUUCUCUUCUGACGACAAGUAUGUGGUCAGCACCGGAGGAGACGACUGCAGUGUAUUUGUGUGGCGAUGUCUGUAAACACUGGAACCCCGUGCACUAUGGCUGCUUCUCCCAAGCUACUUGUAGGCAGUGCAGGGGCACCUCCUUGAUGAGGACUGCUGUGGGACACACAAGCUUCUCUGAACGCUAGAGAUGUUGUAGGACUCUCACAAUCUGAACUUUGCAAGAUGGUGAUGCUAAGAAGGAAUACUAAGACUGCUUCUGUUCUGGAAACUAAAACCUACACUACACUAAUGGCAAAAUUGGAAUGAUGUAGCUCACAGAUAAAAUUUAAUCCUCAGUUACCCUAACCAAUAUGUAGCUUUUAAUUUGCAUUAAGACUUUUACAAAGGUGUUUUGCUAUUCCGUUUCUAUGUAUUUCAAGAAUGUUCACUGGACACAAUGUAAGUUGGAAGAACUUAAGUACAGAAAUACCGUUUCCACAUUUAGCUUUCAAAACCAAAUGAGCCAUGUAUAAA